AUGGGCGAGAUUGCUGAAGCUUACCUUGGAUCAACAGUGAAGGAUGUUGUUAUAAUUGUGCCUACAUACUUUAAUGUUUCACAACGUGGUGGUACUUUGGACGUGUCUAUUCUCACAUUUGAGAUUGGUGCUAUCAAUGUUAAGGCGAUUGCAGGAGACACUCACCUUCGGGGACAAGACUUUGAUAAUACAAUGGUGAACCAUUUUGUGAAAGAGUUCUCGAGGAAGUAUAAAAUCGACAUUAGUGGAGAUCCAAGAGCCCUUAGGAGGUUGAACUCUGCUUGCGAGAAAGCAAAAAGGAUACUUUCUUCCAAUACUACGACCACCAUUGAGAUAGAGAGUUUAAAUCAAGGAAUAGAUUUCUACUCAUCGAUUAGUCGCGCAAAGUUUGAGGAACUCAACAAGAAUCACUUCGACAAGUGCAUGGAGAUUGUAGAAAAGUGUAUAAUUGAUAGUGGGAUGGACAAGAGUAGCAUUCAUGAUGUUGUCCUUGUUGGUGGCUCUACUAGGAUUGUAAAAGUGCAACAAAUGGUGAGUGAUUUCUUCGGGGGGGAAGCUUUUAUGCAAAAGCAUCAAUGUCGAUGA